AUGAAAUUUUGUUUUAAGCUUUUGCCUGCUGUCCAAUCCCAACCAGAUUCAAACAAUCCUAACUCUGCUGAUUCUGAGACUAAAUUAAAAUCAUUAAAUAAUUUGUCUCAAGCAUCAGAACAGCAUAAUCCGCAAAAUUCCUUUAAACAACAGCCGCCUCAACAAAAAAUGGCAAUAGCAGCAGCUACAGCAGCGGCAGCUUCUAUGGAAUUUUUACAGAGAGUUAGGCUCUUCCAGCAACACUUGACAAACAAUGGCAGCCAAAUGAUACAUAAUUCUAAUACAAGACAAAUCCCUUCAAAUAACUAUAUUAAUUCCCUUAAUUCUGGGUAA